UCUUCUCAAGAGCCUGCAAAAUCUCUUCACUCUUACUAUACACUAUGCAAUAACAUCUAAUUUUUUUUUUUUCUUCUAUUUUUAUUCAUAAAAAAAAAUCUCAAAAAAAUUUCAUCAAUGGCGCUUCGGAAACUCUUUACAAAGCGUCUUUUCGACGGCGUCAAAUCUCUGACGCCGUCCUCAACAACAUUAGAACAAACCAUAGUUCCUCCAAACGCUUCUAAAGCAAAUUUCCAUCGUGAGUAUCUCUCAUCACCGGAAACCAAAAACAGAAACUAUUUCCGCCGUUUUCUUCCCCGGCGAGCUGUGCAUCACUCCGGCACGGUGAGCCUCCCGGAGUUUCUCUCACUCCCUGUCGGAGAAAAACUCAGGGAAAAACUCAAAGGCAUUAACACCGGUGAUCGUUUCCUUGAUCUCAAUUUUGCACCGGCGCCGGAAAAGGCAACAUCGCCGGCGAAGUUCACGGUGGAGGAUGCGAGGAAGAUUCUGAAAGCAUCGCAAAUGGAGAAGUUGAAGAGGAAACUGAGAGAGGUUUCGGAGAAUUCAGUUAGUUACGGUGAGUUUUUGAGGAUCUGCGUUGAAUCGUGUGAGAAUCAUGAACAAGGUGUUGAGUUUGCAAAGAUAUUGGAUGAAUCUGGAAACGUCAUCGUUUUGGGGAAUGUUGUUUUUCUCCGGCCAGAACAGGUUGCAAAAUCAAUUGAGAGCAUAAUGUAUCAAUCAAUAGCUAGUCCUAAUGACCCAAGGAGGAAGGAGCUAGAGAAUAUGGAGAAGCAAAAAGCAAUGAUUGAUGGCAAGGCAAAAGCUCAAGUUCAGACUGAGCUUUACUGUGGAUUGGGAUUUUUAACAAUCCAAACACUUGGGUUCAUGAGACUCACAUUUUGGGAGCUAAGUUGGGAUGUUAUGGAACCAGUAUGUUUCUUUGUUACUUCCCUGCACUUUGCUUUUGCAUACCUAUUCUUCAUAAGGACUUCAACUGAGCCAACAUUUCAAGGCUAUUUCCAUCGUCGUUUCAUGUCUAAACAAGAGCGUCUUAUGAAGACAUACAACUUUGAUGCAAAUAGGUAUAAUGAGCUUUGCAAAGCUUGUUAUCCAAGUAAUCAUGUUGGUGUUGGUGCAAAUGCAAAAGCUGAAACAUUUUCUCCACCUAUCCGCCAUGUUGAAGAGACACUUCUAAGGGCAUAACAUCGUUGAAGAAUCAUAUCUUCAUCAAUGUUUAAUUAGUAUUUUUAGAUAAUCGAUGAGCCAAAUGCAACCCUUUUUUCCAGAACAUAUUGGUUCAUGUACUUAUGUAGAGAACCCGUGUUUGGAUUUUUAAGCGGUGUUUGACUAACUAAUAAUUAAUAAUUAAUCUUUUUUGAUAA